GUAUUUUUGAAGCGACGGAAGAGUUGUUUGUAGUACAGUUCGCAUUUAUCACAUAUCCUGCACAGCACACCCUGAAGUCAAACACACAGAUCUUAAUCAAGUGGUGAAUUAUGCACGGACGUGUGAAGUUAAAGUCAACAGCGCAGCAGGAGGAGGAGAAGAGGAAAGAGCGAGAGAAGAAGCUGAAGGCGUUUGUGUGCGCUCGCGAUGCCGUCCUGAAGAAGAGGAGCGCGGGGGAACAGGACGAGGAGGCUCUACACCUGACUCAGCUGCUCCUGUCCUCAAACCCCGACAUCGCCACCCUGUGGAACUACAGGAGAGAAGUUCUCCUGCACCUGGAGACGCUACGAGAGAAGGAUGCGGUGCAGAAGCUGUACGAGUCUGAGCUGCUCUUCAUCGAGGCCUGUCUGAAAGUGAACCCCAAGUCUUACGGCUGCUGGCACCACCGCACCUGGGUGAACACGCGCCUGCCCCGGCCCGACUGGACCCGGGAGCUCGGGCUCUGCGACCGCUGCCUCGGCCUGGACGAGCGCAACUUCCACUGCUGGGAUUACCGCCGCACGGUGGUCAAGGAGUCCGGUGUUUCUGUCGAGCAGGAGCUGCAGUUUACAGAUCGCCUGAUUGGCUCCAAUUUCUCCAACUACUCCAGCUGGCAUUACCGGAGCACGCUGUUACCUCGGCUCCGCCCCCAGCCGGCCCCUGACUCCGCCCCCAGCACAGCCUCGCCUCUGGGUCACUCGCACCGAGUCUGUGAGGAGCAGCUUCUGAAAGAAUAUGAGCUGGCCCAUAAUGCCUUCUUCACCGACCCCAACGAUCAGAGCGCCUGGUUCUACUACCGCUGGCUGCUGGGCCGAGCAGACCGAGAGGAGAUGAUCAGCUGUGUGUAUGUCAGCCGGGAGGGCGAGAGGGUGUCUGUCGCCUUCUCCAAACCUGUUCAGGCGCUGUCAGUUGGUCUGAUGCUGGUGUUGGACGGGCAGCCUCAGCCGGUGGAGUGGAGAUGCGCCCAUCCGCGUUUCCGUCACAGUCCUGUCUGGCUGUGUGAUCUUCCCCCCGGCUCCAUCAUUGACAUGAGUAAUGAACACAACCUGACCGUCCACUGGACAGAGAAACACACACACAGAGACUGUGCUCUCUACACAGGCUGUGCUGAAAGCUGGUGCAGAGACUCUGCUACUGAUCAGGAACUGUUCAGGAGUGAGCUGUCGGUUGAGAAAAGUUCAGUGCUACAGGCCGAGCUUCAGUCCUGCAAUCAGCUGCUGGAGCUCGAGCCUCAGAACAAAUGGUGUCUGCUGACAAUCAUACUCCUCAUGAGAGCUCUGGAUCCUCUUGGCCAUGAGAAAGAGACUCUGGCACAUUUCCAGUCCCUCAAAGAAGUGGACCCCAUGCGCUCUUCCUACUACAGUGAUUUGUGCAGCAAGUUUCUGAUUGAAAACACCAUCCUGAAAAUGGAGUACGCAGAGGUGCGGGUGUUUAGCCUUUCCAAUAAGAAGCUGACGACCUUGUGUCACCUCGAUCAGCUUCUCUUGGUGACCCACAUCAACCUCUCCUCCAAUCAGCUUGUGCGGCUGCCACCUCAGUUUGCCAUGUUGCAGUGCCUAGAGGUGCUGGAGGCCGAUGAUAACGCCAUUGAAAGCCUGGAGGGACUGUAUCAUCUGCCUAAACUGGAGGAGGUUUCUCUGAAGAACAAUCAAAUCUGUAAACUGUCUGAUGUUGAGUCAUUGGUGUCCUGCACUAAACUGACCAGACUGGAUCUGCGUGGAAACCCGGUCCACAAAACUGCCAACAUCGAGUCUAAGCUCAGCCAGCUUUUGCCAUUGGUUACUGCCCUGUCUCUUUGAUGUGUGUGUGUGUGUGUGUGUGUGU